AGAGCAAAUAAACAGCUGCUAGUGAUGCAGUUUGUGAGGCGGCCAUGUUGGUUGUUGAUGUUGGGGUUGGUGGGAAAUUUCUGGGGAAUUGACUUCAGAGAACAAAGGUUCAUAAAGUGAUGUCUGUUUGGGUUCUGAUCCCAUUAAAGAACAGUGGGAGGUUUUGCUUUAUUCUUUAAAUUUGUCUUUUGAUGCGGGUUUCAGAUUUUUUAAGCUACAGUAAUACAGGAUGAGGCAGCAUAUUGGAGACCGAGGUAAGCCGAGUUUUCUUAUUUUCUCAGCAAUAAUCUACAGCUGAAAAGGUCAAGUUAAGUCAUUUCCCUCAUCAUGCUGCCACUGUUUCGUGCUGUAUUUUUGCAGAUAUCCUUACAGUGCGGCUUGUGUAAUACAGGAGAUCACGUUUUUUUUUUUUUUUCUUUUUGCAAGAGAGAGAGGGUCCAUGACGCGGGGCGGCUCUUCUCCUCCUUCCUCUUCCUCCCUAUCCUCCCACCACUGCUCUCUGCUUUUGCAUCUAAGUCCAGCACUUGUUGGAUGUUUAUUUUAUCUCAAUGUUUUCAUCAUUUGUUAUUUUUUUUUUGGUCUAUUUCUUUACAUCUCCAUCUUUGGAUUCCCGUGAAGAUCAGAAGGUGAACCCGUAGCUUUAAAGGCUACAUGCGAGUAAAAAGGCGCUUGUCCCGGAGCGUCUCCGUCCUCUGACCAGUCUGGUCGUGCACCUCCGGUCCCGGAUGUCUCCGCCCUGGUCAGCCUGAACUGCUGUGUGUUGGUCCCUCGGACUGUAGGGGUUUGUGUUUGUUUCUCAGCGGCGGAGUGCGCGCCGGACUCCGGCUCAUCCUUGGAGAAGUUCCGCCGCAGUCCCAUGCCCAGCGCUCCUCUGCGGCUGAGAUAAGGAUGCUGGCGGCUGUUCUCGGUCUGGGUCCACUGGGUCGCUUCGAGAUGCGCUGUCCGAGCAUCUAACUGAACCAGAAAUGUCCAUAGAGAAUUUCCUUUGACUCUAAGUUCAAACCAAAUAACUUCCAAACACUCCCCUGAUGUGUUAAGCUACUUUGCUGAACAGUUUGAUGGAGAGCUGGUCGGAUGACAGCUGGAACUGUUGUCAUAACUGGAGGAAUACUGGCCACAGUGAUACUUCUGUGUAUCAUAGCCGUGCUCUGCUACUGUAGACUCCAGUACUACUGCUGUAAGAAGAAUGGGUCUGACAGCGGCUCCCUCUCUCAGCAACACUUUGCUUGCAACGCCUGCAGCAUCACUGGCCUGGACGGACCAAUCAUCACCCCUCUGUCGCUGUCGCCACCAGAGCCGGCCAAAUCCUUUAACCCCACCAAACUUACCGUGGGGCAACACCACUACUGUCCCACCUGCUCCCCCUACGACUCGCCCUUCUACAUCCGUACCACUGACGAGAUACGCAAUGGUGGUGAGCGAGUCACCUACAUGCCAACACACUAUGAGAACCAGGCGCUGGCGAUGCCACUGCCCGCUGUCCGAGGCUCCCUGCUGAGGGACAGCCAGCGCGGUCGCCCUCCUGAUUUCUACACCAACACCCGAGCCAUCAGCACCGAGGUGUGACCACCUCUACACACCAGCGCCACUGAAAAGACACAACCACUAUUGUAGAUUUUGGCUUCCACUGCAGAUGCCAGUGAGUUUGUGGAGGCAACACAUUUAGAGUCAAUCUGGGUUGUAAUAGAAAUAAGCGAGGAAGAUGGAGAUGAAAAAUAAGUUCCUCCUUAUUUUCAAAAAAGAACUGAUCCGCUAAAUAUACAAACAUGUACCUGGUGGAAGGGUACGCCUGCUGAUUGUUAACGGAUCGCUUUCCCCUGAGGAGUAACUAGAUCCAUGUACGACUUGGGCUAUGUAUCUUCUUCCAAACGUUACUGUGAUGAAAUGUAUGGAUAAGUAAAAACAGACAGAAAAGUUUACCUUUUUUAAGUAGCUGACAAACAGAAAAGUUUGUGGAUUUAUGCAAGCAUGAGGUGUGGCAGUGUGCAGCAGAGGACACCUGGAUUUGAAUCCUCUAUGCAAGGUCUUCAGUCAACAUCAUAGCUUUUCAUUUCCAGCCGUCUCCUUUCAGCAGUUUUUAUGGUGAACAGUAUACCUGGGACAUGUUGUUGACAACCAGUAAGAUGUAAUGAUUCUAUACAUGUAGAUAGACAUGAAAAACUUUUGAUGGCACUAUGUUAUGCAACCUGUGCUAAAGGGCUACUUUCUUGGUACUUACAGGUUAGUUUCCUGGAAAAUAAAGGCUUUCUUUGGAACUUACUGGUUACCAUCCCAGAUCCUAUAGCAAGUGGAAGAGUGAGAGGUUACUUUCCUGAAAUAUUCAGGAAGCUGAUUCUACUUAUUAUGUACUUUUCUGCAACCUACUUUGUACUAAUUAUUCUCAUAAGAGUACUUUCUCGGUUCUGGGAAAGUAAUCAGGACAUUUCCUAAAGGAUUUGGAACAGUACCUGGUCAGUUUAACUUUAGGAAACUUCCAGGAAAACACCUUGUACAUUCUGAAAACUUACCACUAAGUUCCAGGAACAUACAUAGUAUGUCCUGGGAAAGCAAACUGCAAAGCCCCACAAAGUAACCAGAACGUUCCAAAAAAGUUUGUCAAAAGGGAUCUAGUAAGUUCCUGAAUGGUGAAGUUAAAGAAAGGACCUGAUAGAUUCUGGGAAAGUAACGGAUAAGUUCUGGAAACCCUAAAGUAAGUACCUGGUAAGUUAUGGGAAACUUUCCUGCAAAUUACCUUGUAAGUUCUCAAAAUGUUUAUGUGAAAGUAACUGAAAAACUUCAAGAAGGUUCCAGCAUCAAGUAUGUUUGUUGGAAAGUUCCCAAGACUGACUCCUGAGUUCGAGUACAGAAAGAACUGCAGUGUGUAGUGUUACCAAAUCUUUUAAAA